AGACCUUUGAGCUACAUUUUGUCUUUACACAAAUGCGACAGAGCCAGAUCAAAUGAGAUAGAUGGCUACAGUGGAGCCUGCUGCGCGAGAAUUUUCCAUUGUCCGUCUUACCUUACUUUGCCGACCAACCGCCCUCACCCCUCUUCCUUUUCAAAGCCUAGCGGAGGCUUUCAUCCACUUAUUUAUUUAUACUGUAUAAUCUCUCUACGUAUGUCUUAAUGCGGACACACUGAAUAGUGUCUUCCUUUUGUUGUAUUAUGUCAAUAUGUCUGGAGGUGCUGUCUUAUUUCUAAAACUGAAACAAUGUGUGCCAUGUGCGCGUUCUGUUUAUUGUUUGCGGAAGUAAUGGCAGAUCUACACAUUUCUUAUUGCCAUGCUUACAAACCACAGGUGCUUAAAACAUUGGCGACCACACAGAACCGACAGAGAAGCGGCCGGCCAUCGGCGGUCAGAAGAUGGUGGUUCACAAGCCCCUCCGGUCGUAAGCGGUUGCAAGCCGAGCUAACCGGAAAUGCUCUUAAGGCGAAUGUGAUCGACCCUUCGCUGCCUAGGAAGGACGGCCAGCCGCCAGCCAGCUACACUUUGGCAGUGCCAGACCUGCGGGCUACAUUUUCCCCCAGAUGAAUGGAACCAACUAUAGUCAGUUACAGGUUAAGAAGGUAGCGGCAAAUGCCCCUCAAAGCAUUCGACUUCGAAUGGCAGAGAACGGACUGCGAGGACAAGGGGGCGGAGCUCUCCUUCCAAGGAGCCGAAUUGCAGAGGCAACCAUUGAAGAUGGACGAGGAGGGGAGGACGGACGGCGGUGCGACUUCUGCCGCCAAUCUUAUGGUGCCCUCAGAACUACCAACAGCAGACUUGAUCGAAGCAUACUCUGGCGACAAAGUGGAUACCAUCGACCGUGACAGCCGCAGGGGUGACACCUCUCCCCCGACUAACUGGUCGCGCCCACACAAGCAGCAAACGCACCGACGACCGGACAAGCACCCGUGUUGCUUCUGUCCUUACUCAUGCUCUUCCGCAUCGGAUGUCGCCGUCCACGAGAGGACACACACUGGAGAGAGGCCCUUCAGUUGCGGUGCCUGCAAGAAAACGUUCGUGCGGAAGUCUCACUUGACAGCUCACGAUAGAAUUCACACCGGGGAGAAGCCGUUCAAGUGCAACACGUGCAGCAGAGCGUUUACUCAGAAAGGCAGUUUGGCGGUUCAUGAAAGGACUCACACAGGAGAGAGGCCCUUCAGUUGCGGUGCGUGCAAGAAAAUGUUUGUGCAGAAGGCUCACUUGAUAUCUCACGUUAAAAUUCACAAAGGAGAGAAGCCGUUCAAGUGCGAGACCUGCGGUAGAGCGUUUGCGACUUAUAGCAAUUUACACACUCAUCGGAAGUUACAUCGCAAGUGAUCGAAACAGCAACGUGCAUCAUAGUUGUGAAUGGGGUUUAAACAAAAUACGCGAGCACCGACGUGUGUUCAUUUCGUUCGGCAAUAGACCUACAGGAGCUCUACUUGCGAGCAGUGCAGGUUUCGAAUGGUUGGAAAAUAUUUCGGCCUAUUAUGUAUCGCGUAAACACAGAUUAAAUCGUGAAUUUACCUUAGA